CUGUCAAAUUUAGAAUUAAUUUCGCGCGGCUAAUUAAUUGAUUUCCGGAGCGAAAUAAUAUUUUCCAAAUUUAUUUGUGUAAAUACACAUUCACGAUAAAUUCCCAAUUAAAAAAUCAUAAACCGAAAAUGCCAUGAAGUGCAACAUUUUUAAAUUAUAGGAUAGGAGUUUAAUAGUUUAAAAUCUGAUUUGCAAAUAUUGAUUUUUCUUCACCACAGUUUAAAUGGCUAAACAAAUAGCUGAUGUAGAAAUACAUGCGUCUGACACACUGGAAGAUGACAACUUGGACAUCAGUGUUGAUCUUAUUGACGAUGGACUUUAUCUAGGAAAUUUGGCGUGCGCACGAGACUCCAAGACUCUGGAGCAGCUGAAGAUCACCCACAUACUCACCAUUGACCUGGUGCCUCUGCCUAGGAGCAUACUGGACCGCACCAGUCUCACCAUCAAGUAUAUGAAAUUGGCUGAUGUACCAAAGGAGGACCUCAUAAGCCAUUUGCCAGAGUGCAAUGACUUCAUCCGGCAGGCCAUAGCCAGCGGGGGAACAGUGCUUGUACAUUGUUACUUCGGCGUGUCGCGUUCCGCCGCCGUGGUGAUCGCGUACGUGAUGGAGAAGUACGGGCUGUGCUACGAGGACGCCUUCCUGCUGGCCAAGAGCAAGCGGCGCUUCAUCGGGCCCAACGUGGGCUUCGUGGCGCAGCUCAAGCUGUUCGGCCACAUGGGCUACCGCAUCGACCGCGACGACCCGCGCUUCAAGCAGUUCCGCCUCAAGAUGGCCGGCCAGAAGCUGAAACAAGUGAAGAUCCUACCACAACUGUUCGCGGACCUGGUGAAGCCGGACCCCGGGCUGGUGCGCGAGCGGCCCGACCCCGUGGUGUACCGCUGCCGGCGCUGCCGCCGCGUCGUGGCCAGCCAGCAAAACAUCAUACCGCAUCUGCCCAAACAGGUAAAGAUAGAGCUGGCAAAGAAAAACAUCAGGCCGCCACCUAGCAAGUUGACUGGCCUCACGUGCGCCGAGAACGGCCAGCUGCUCAUCGAGAAGCUGAAGAGCCUCGCGUGCCAGAUUAUAGACGGCGAAGAGGAAGCUAGUGACGACAGCGCUGCCAGGAGCUGCGACAGUGACGAGCACGCCAGCCAGGCGCUGGACGGCUACAGCGAGAACAACAUGGUGGACGCCAGCAUCGCGGCGCGCGCCGACGCGCCCGAGAUCUGCCGCCUCAUGUGGUUCGUGGAGCCCAUGGGCUGGAUGCGCGGCGUGCAGAACUGCGCGCAGGGUAAGCUGCACUGCCCCAAGUGCAGCAACAAGAUCGGCAGCUUCAGCUGGGUCAUGGGUUGUAAAUGUCCCUGCGGUCAAAAAGUAGCGCCCGCGUUCUAUUUGGUGCCCUCCAAGGUGGAAUGGUCCAACAUUGUGCAAAACGUACAAAUUACUGUUUGAACGUAAAUUGAAUACAAGCAGGUGUUACUUUACGGAAGUUCAUUAUGAAUAAUGAAUAAUUCAUUUAUUUUGCUGUUCUCAGCGAAAACCAACAAAUCCAAGGCGACAACGGUAAACACACACAGUAGAGUCAAAACUAGCAGAAAAAUACACAUACACUAGCAGGCUAGGCUCAUACACUAGCAGAUCUUCCAGAAUGAAUAAAAGAUAGCCUAUGUUACUCGAUGAUAAUGAAGCUUUCCCUUGGUGAAAGAAUUUUCAUUGUAAAAUUUAUUUGUAACUAACCAAGUUUGUAACUAAGACGCGUUUAGAAUAUUAACUUUAAGUUUGCUUCUUUACUUUGACUAUUGAUUCAAAAUGAAUAAUUUAUUUAUUUAUUAUAUAACUUAAAACAAGCCUUACAGGUACAACUUAUUCGCUAUUUAUAAUAUAGGGAAAUUAGAAUAAACGAAUUUAUACUUAAUUCUGAUGAUGUUCUAGUUACAGAUUUAAAUGUAAAGAGUUUUUGUGAAGUCUAGGUCAGUUUUGCGCGGAAAAUAGCAAAAUUAAUAGAUCAUUUAUCAAUUGAACGAAAAAUACGUUAAUUAAGUAUAUUAUGCUGCCCUUCUCUUCCAUUUUUCGAUUUUCUGAUUACAGGGGUGGUUGUAAUUUGUUCAUAUAAUUUAUCAAGUUAAUUUAUUACAAUUUUUCAAAUACUUUACUUUUUAAUAGUACAAUUAUCAACUUAAGUUCUAACAUUUAAAAGAUAAAUGUAAAGAACAAAUUUAUUACAAUGUUAUAAAUAAAUAAUUAAAUUAACUUUUUUAUUCCAGUCACAUUCUCUCAGAUCUAAAAUAAAACAUAUAUAAUAUAUUGUGUUAUUCUAUAGUAGAUAUAAUCAAAUAUUCACUCGAAAAAAUGAAAACGAGAUUUAGACUGGAAACAGGUUAUAUAGAAUUUUGGUGCUUUCAGACAAAUGUUUCUUAUAUAUAUACGUAUGUAUAUGUAUUAAAAAUGUAUAGUAAAAUAUUAAAACUUCAAUUUGUAUGAUAAUAAAUAAUUUAUUGUUGUACUUCUAUAAUAUACUAUGCCAUGUUACUUAUUUGACGUACAAUGUAAUAAAAUAAUAAAUAAUUGUUCGCCAUAA